AUGUGCUUAGAACAGUUCAUUGCAGACGCCACAGAUGAUAACUACGAGCCAAGCCCAAAGCGCAUUCGCAUGGAAAGACAAAUACGUCUUCUACAAGAAAAGAACACGCUCAGAAUGCUCGUCGCGAAAAAGGCCUUUUCUUUGACCCUUUCUGAAAAAAGUCACUCAAUGCUGCUUGAAUCACUUCAUAUGCAAGAUUGGACCUAUGUUCUCCUAAAAGUCAGAACGAAGAUAUCCGAUUCAGCAUGGCAGACGCUUCUAAAUCUUACUCAGCUGGGACGCACUGGGAAAACCACAGACUUUGCUAUUCUUCCCACUAAAAAUCAGAUUUGUGCAAUAAAGGAUGUUAUCUUUCGCACAACAUACCAGACUGUUGGUAUUGGUGAAUUGCCUGAUGAACUACCAGGUGGACAAGUUCAAUUAGCUUGGGGAUGCAAUCUGCCAAUUUUAUUGCAAAAAUUAAAUAUUUAUAUAGUGACACUAGACUAUAAAGCACUACUAUUGAUUGUCAUUAAAAAAGAAAGGAAGGAAGAAGACCCACCAGCUGCAAAGAUUAAAAGAAAUAUCCUUGGAGGAAGAGGAUUAAGUGUAGAGUUUUGCGUAUUUUGCACUGCUAUUAGAGGAUGUGCUUGUCCUGGGUUAGCAGCUGGAGAAACAUGCAUAGACUGUUUUGCUAAAAGCAAAGGAAACAUUGGAAAUUGGAAAGGGAUUCGUGAUGACCUCACACUACUGCUGGAUGAAGAAAUGCAUUCAGUAAAUUUAUGUGCAUUACACUGCGAAAUGAGAAACACAGAACAAAUUCUUGGAUCAUUGGGCCUAUACGCAUAUAAAAUUGGGAGUUUGGACAAUCUAAAUUGCGAAGCUGGGAGAGUUGGGACCAAAAUCCAUGAAGAAAAACUUUGUAAGAAUUAA